AUGAAUUAAGAUAUGCUUUCAGACCCAUCCUCUAGUUCAAAAUUCUCAGAUUUACUUCACUUUAUACUCAAUUCAAAUAGCAAGUCAAAUAAAUUCUAAAAAAUUCUCCCUCGAUUAUCAAUCACUGAGUCUUUAAAUAAUUCCAUUAGAAAUGCACGAUCUAGAAUUUAAUCACUAAAACAUGAACCAAAUGGUUUUAUUACUUCAAGAAUUGAUUUUAUUCAAAACACAGGAGAUUAUUGUUACAAAGCCUUAAAUCAACAAACCUUAUCAUUAAAAUAAUAACGGGGGAGAAUUGAAGAUUCAAUAGAAAGGUCCGUUCAAGGUAGUCCAUCAGUUCAUUCAUAUUAAACAACAAAGGUAAUUGAGACAUGAUAGGAAGUUUAAAUACCCAUCUAUGUUAGAGUCAAUAAGAUAAAGAAGAAAUUAUAAUCUCUAAAAAUACCUAGAUGAUAAUCUAAAAGUAUUUUGUGACAUAAUUAAAAAGAAGGAUAUUGAAAAAUUGAUUAGCUUCUUAAAUUAUCCAUUUCAAUAUUCUUAAGAAUAAAAUGUAAUCUUUAUAGAUUAAUUAAUAGCUCCUAAAUACUUUCUGUGAGUUAUUAUAUUUCAUUGCUUAUUUUGGAAAUACUAUUUUAUAAUUAGCUAAAGCUACAUUUUUGUUUAAAGAUUGUUUAAAAUUAUCAGAAUUAUGUAGAAAUCAUUAACUGAAAAUAAAAAUAUUGAUUUAAUUAUUUUCAAUUGCAAAAUAGUAAAAUUAUUACAAUAAUUAAUAGAUUGAAAUAAUAUGACAAGGCAUAUAAAUUUAUAUUAAAAGCUCUUUCAUAUGCAUGGGCUGAGAAUUUAGAUGAUUAUGAAAUAGAUUGUUAUGAUAAAUUAGGAAUGUGUUAUUUCUAUUAAGGAGAUAUUCUCAAAGCUAAUCAUUUUCAUAGUAAAUGGGUUAAAUGUGAAAUUGAACCAAGAGAUUCUUAUUAUAGAAUAACAUCAAAAGAAUUUAUUUAAUUAUAUGAGAGAUCAUAACCAUUUUGUAGAGAAUUUGAUGAUAAAAUAUCUAGAUAUAUUCAUAUUCCUUUUACUAAUUUAAAAACAGGAUAAUCAUUCGAUUGUAAUUCAACAUUAAAAUAUAAUAAUUGUGAAUCAAUUCCAUUAUUAAAUGAAAUUCUUAAUGGUUAUGAAUAUACAGAAUAUUUUUUAGAAUAUCAUUAUGUAGAUUAAGCAUAAAAAUAAUAUUUAAAAAAAUCAUCAUUACCUAGAAGAGCUCUUGAGAUUAUGUCUAAGUAUGAUAAAAAUAAAGAUAAAUAUAUAUUUGAUCAUAAGAUUCAUGAAAACCCUAUUUAUAAAUUAUCAUUAUAGGAGAAAGUUAAUUAUAGAAAAACUAAAUUUUAUUCACUUGAUUCAGUAGAAUAAAAUAUAUAAAAAUUUAUUUCUUAAUAAAGAGAACCUUUUAAAAAAAGUGAAAAGAUUUAUGUUAAGGAAUCCCAAAGAAAAGAUUUAUCACCUGAAAAUGGUAAUCAAUUAUCAUUACAUUUUAAAAAACUUUUGGUAAGCAUAAUUGAUUAAAAUUGAAAUAUUUAAUUCUAUAAUUAGUUUCCCUUAUUAUUUAUUAUUUUAAUUAAUUAAAAAUGUAAGAAUAAGAAUUUCUUAAAAAUGAGAACAAACCUUUCCUUCUUAAAUAACAACAAUAAAUUACACGUACUGUUCUUCAAUCCUUAAUUCAUGAGUAUCAUAUUCUCAUCAAAGGACUCACCAAUUAGUAAUUAAAAUAACUAUCUACUAGAGAAUAUCAAGAUUAUUGUAAUGUAAAAGGAGCCUGUGGUUAAACUAUUCCUCUAAUUUUAAUCUUACCUAUUAGUUUAGCUAUAGGUACAUUAUAGUUAGUAUUGUUAUUUUUUAAAAAUAUUAGAGAAGGUAUUUCAUGAUAUUAAAUUAUUUAAUAGGACCCUUAAUACCAGCAGUGAUUUAAUUUAUAUUAUUAUAAACAGCAUAAACAUUGAUAAUGUAUAUGAUUCUCAAAGCUUGUGAAGUUAUUCCAAAAAAAAUUGAAAAUCCUUUAUUAUUUGGAAAGAUAACAUCUUACAUUUUCAUGUGCUUAAGCAUAGCUGAGGGAACAUUAAUUAUUGUAUAAAUACAUAUAUUAUAUUUUAUAAAGGAAAGAAUUUCAAAUUUCAACUAAUUUUCAUAGUCUUAUUUUUGGGCAAUUUUUGGAUUAAUAAUUUGGCAAAAGAUAAUAUAAUUAUUUAUUUAUGAUUGCAAACUUAGAAUUGGAAUAGUCAUAUUUUUAUAUAUUUAUUAUGUAUUUAGAUUAGAUUGUGAUUUAUUCAAUAAAGUAAUUAAUUACAUUAUAUUUUUAGGAUAUUAUAAAAGUAAUUUCAUAUAUAUGUUUAGAAAUUAUCUUCAUAAUAGAUGCUGAAUUAAAAAAUUAUUCUCAAUAUUAAUUUGAAAAUAAUAUGUAAUUUAGAAAUAACAAAGAAGAUGUUCAAUUUAUGAUUCCAUAAGUUUAAAUGUAGACUUAAUAAUAGAUUCUAGAAAUCAUUACUAAUCAAUUUCCUAUUAUUAUUUUUGAUCAGACUAAAGAAUUACUUCAUAUUUCAGGUGUUGGAUUAAAAUAACUAUAAAUGGAAGAUGAUUAAAAUAAAAUAGAUUUGAUAUCUGCAGAAAUUAAAUUAAGAAAGAUGGAAGUUAUACAAUUAUUUACAACAAAUUAAUAAUAGAAAGAUAAUUUGAUAUAAUUAAAGAGGAUGGCUAAAUUCGGAUCAACUUGUGGAACUAAUGAAAAAGGAGAAUUAUUACAUUCUCUUAUAAAUGGACCAGCACUUUAAUAAUUACGUAUUUUAAGGUAACCUUAAGAUAAUUAAAGAAUUAUUCAUUAUAAUCCAGAUGGUGUUUUAGAGUAAUUACUUAAUAAUUUAAUUAAUGAUUAAUAAUCAGAAUAUAAAGGUAUAUCUAAAUUCAAUCUACCAAAAAAUUAAUUUAAAUAUUUUUAAUUUACAUUAAUUAAAGUACCUAAAGGAAAUGUUUUUUAAAUAUUCUUAAUUCUAGAAGAUAUUACUUAAUUUUAUUAGGAUAUUAAUUUAAACUAGAAGAAAGAGGAAGAAGAUCUUCCAAUUAUUUGUUAAGAAUUUAGAUAAAUGUUAUUCUGUUAAUAAAACUUUUAGAUUCCUCUAAAAUUACUCAAUAUUGAAAUGAAAAAUACUAUUAAAUAUUCUAAAUAAUAAUAUUUAUAAGAAGAUAUAUUUAAACCAGAUACUUUAAUUAAUUAAUUAUAAACAAAGUAUUAAAAUUAAAUAAAUACAAAUAUUAAAUUAUAAUUUUAAAAUAAUUUGAAAUUAAAUACAGGAGAAUUUAAAACAGAUUAAUUGAGAUUAAUGUAAAUAAUGUAGAUAUUACUUGAAAAUAGUAUUAAUAAUACAAAGGAAGGAUUCAUAAAAAUUAUAAUAGAAGAUGAUAAAAGAUAGAAUUGUAUAUAAAUAUCUGUUGAAGAUACUGGUAAAGGUAUCAAUUAAGAAAUUAUUUAAGAAGGAUUUAAUAUUAAUUAAAUUAGAUCUUUAAAUAUAGUUAAUUAUUUAACUAAAAUUAUGGGUCCUUUAUUUUAUUGUAAAAAAAUUACAGGUUAAGUUGCAAAUAAAGGAAUAAGAAUUAAAUCAUUAUAAGAUUGUGGUACAACAAUAUCUUUUUCAAUCAGAAAUUUAUCAUUAGAUGAAUUUUCUACUUAAUUUAUAAUAGAUGAAGAAGUUUCUUAAGAUGAAAUGGAUGUUGAUGUAGAUGAAGAUGAAAUUAUGGAAAGAUAUAUUAGAAAUGAUGAUCAAAUUUAAUAUUUAUAAAGAUUUAAUAAAGGAUUAAGAUCAUUUAUUAUUAAUAGAUAAUAAAUUUAAAAAAUUACAAAACCAUUAGAUGUUAAUACUAAUAAAAAAUCAACCAAAUUAGUUGGUAUGAUGAAACUAUAAGAAUUAGGAAGAUUUAAAAAUAUUUAAUAAUAGAAUGGAUAAUGUUAAUGCAAUCAAAAAUUAAUAAUCAAUUCAAAUUAAGAUUUUGAAAGAGUUAUGAAAUAAUAUGUAUAAGAUAAUGUUUCCUUUAUUCACGAAUAAGACUCAUUCAAGCAUAUUAAUUUAAAAAUAAGAGAUAAAUAAUGUUUGAAUCAUUCUUGUUAAGUUUAUAAAUAAAUUAUUAUUAAUUGUUACAAAUCUGAUUUUAAUUAUAGAGAGUAAUAAUAUUCAAUUAUUUUUAGAUUAAUUAAUAGAAUUCUAGGAGUCAACAAUAACUUUAAAAUUAUUGUCUUAAUAUACAAUUCAAAUGGGGACAUAGACAUGCUAGGAACUUACAUCAUGAUGCCAAUUCAAAUAGAUGUGUUACUAUAGUAUUUAUAAGAUUGAG